UGAAAAGUAGGUAAGAAGCAGUGAGUGGCUGUCUGUCUCUUGUUUUCCAAACAUUCCAUUCUAAGAUGUCCUUCAAACUGCAACUUCAUCUUCAUCUUCCCACACAUGUGCUUCAAACUCAACACUACUUUCUCUCUUCUAACCUUUUUCCCUUUUCCCAUUCUUCUCCAUGCUCAUUCUCAAUCUCUCUUUCUUCACAUACUACUACUCCUUAUUGCUUUCCUCCAUCAUCAACAACCGUGGACUCUGACAUGACGACGGAUGAGCCUCCUGUGAGGAUGGUGGCUAUAGUUGGCCAUGGAGCUGUUAGCCCUCUCAACUCUGCUUCUUGGGAACAAGUCAUGCUUCACACUGCAAAAAGAUUGAAAUGGGUUGAUGAAGGGUAUGAACUUCUUGUAUUUACCGACAAGUGCAUUCAAUCUAAUGAACCACUCCAGAGAGAAUUAUUGAAGGCUGAUAUAUUAGUGAUUGUCGCUGUUACAAACAAAGAGUCGGUUAAUUGGAUUAAAAUCAGCAGCAAAACUAUUGAAAAUGUAAUAUGCUUUGACUCUUCACUAGAUUUGAAGAACAAAUUAGGAGGCUAUGAGAUUCACAAUGAAGUAAGGGGAAGUAUAUUUGGAAAAAUAUUGGGGAGUUCCGAGUUAUUAGAUAAAACCAAAGACUCAUAUGAAGUAGUGCAAACUGUAACCGAAGCAUGGGAUCGACGUAGUUCUGACGAUAUACGGUUUUGUUUGCUUUUACUAAUCAAUGCCUAUAUAAGGCCAGUUCCAGUAUUGAAGAACCUGAGAGCAAAGGGUUUUUCAACUUUAAACUGUAUGUUGAAGAACUGCGGUCGUCAGGUACUUAAUUGCUUGUUAGAUCCUAACUGUAGAAAAGCUCUUCAAUGUCUGAAUAAGUGUAGUCCUGUUGAUCAAGUAUGUAAUUACCGAUGCAUCGCUUCAUACGAAAGUGCGAAUCUGGAAGCCUUUUCGCUUUGCGUGUUACAGAAAAACAACUGUCUUGAGUUGGAAGCAGAAGUUCCUACCAAGCCAUAUGUGCCUCCAAUGGUUGAAUUUCGCGGGCAGAACUUGAGUCAUGAAAUUGCAGAAGAUUUGUUUGUUGGUUGGUUGGGGAGUUUGCAGUGGAGCUGGCGCGUUGUAGCGGGGCAGAAUCCAGCAUAUGAUCAAUUCCCUUGUCAAUAUCAGCUAUUCUAUAGAGGAAAAGCAAAAGGGUCAUUUUGGUAUGAACCGGUAUUUCAGGUAAAAACAUUUGAAGGCCAAAUGGUAUGGAGGAGGAGAAAAUAUAGGGUUAAGAGAGGUAAGGUAUAUGGCACAUUCUAUUUCAGUGUAUUAGAUAAUGGAGUUAUUUCAAAUGAGUUUUGGACAAUUGUGGAUGUAGCUAAUGACCUUAGUUGGGGUUUGUUCCACUAUCAUGGAGCUGCUAAAGCUGCAGGGCAGUCUUAUACUGGGGCAGUACUUGUUAGUCCAGAUGGAGCAUUUCCAAAUGAAAGAGAGAGGACGAAAAUUGUUACUGCACUAGAGAAAUGUGAAAUCAAAGAGUGGGAGCUAUUCUUUGUUGACAAUUGUUCAUGCAUUGAUCCUCCAUUAGGAACUCCAGAGGGUUCAAGUUUUCAUUCUGUAGUCCAAAUUAAUGAUCCAAAUUGGAUGAAUGUGUGAAGCUCUCUUUUAAUUUAUCUUCUGAUGCAAUUCAAUGCCAGUCGAUUUGUUAUGUUGCUGCUUUUCGUCCCAAAAUCUAGUUAUUUGCAAUAAGCUUGUUAUCAGGGCUUAUAAUCGAAUCAUGUAUAUUCCAGUUCUAUGAUGAAUGUUGAUAUGAAAAAUGCAUCCUCUCAAUAUGACCAUUGUUAAUGUGGGAGAUCAAUAUCUCAACAUUAUUUCCUCCA